AACAAAGGUUGAGGACCACAGGAGCAAAGAUUCGAGCUCAAACAAUCGUUACUUCAACCCCAUCCGUCACAAGAUCUACCUUCGACCGCAAGAAAACCCUUAGAAAAGGAAACGUGGUCGUCACUGGAGCUUCAUCAGGGCUAAGGUGAAGCAACGGCAAAGGCAUUAGCCGAGACAGGUAAAUGGCACGUGAUAAUGGCGUGCAGAGACUUCCUCAAGGCCGAGAGAGCGGCUAAAUCCGCGGGGAUGCCUAAGGACAGCUACACCGUAAUGCAUUUGGACUUAGCAUCGUUGGACAGCGUGAGGCAGUUCGUUGAUAACUUCAGGCGAGCCGAGAUGCCUCUCGAUGUGCUGGUCUGCAACGCCGCUAUUUAUCAGCCAAUGGCUAAUAAACCUACUUUCACUGCUGAAGGGUUUGAACUUAGCGUUGGGACGAACCAUUUAGGGCACUUUCUUCUCUCAAGAUUAUUGAUUGAUGACUUGAAGAACUCUGAUUAUCCAUCAAAACGUCUCAUCAUUGUUGGAUCAAUAACUGGAAACACUAAUACAUUGGCUGGUAACGUUCUUCCCAAGGCGAAUCUUGGCGAUUUAAGGGGACUAGCUAGUGGAUUAAACGGGCGAAACAACUCGGCGAUGAUAGAUGGAGGAGAUUUCAAUGGUGCAAAGGCUUACAAAGACAGUAAAGUAUGCAACAUGUUGACGAUGCAAGAGUUUCAUAGGCGUUUUCGUGAAGAAACUGGCAUCACUUUCGCUUCCCUUUACCCUGGUUGUAUCGCUACUACAGGUUUGUUCAGAGAGCAUAUUACUCUCUUCCGUUCACUCUUCCCUCUUUUCCAGAAAUACAUCACCAAAGGUUACGUCCCCGAGGCUGAGGCUGGCAAAAGACUUGCACAGGUGGUAGGUGAUCCGAACUUGACGAAGUCUGGAGUGUACUGGAGCUGGAACAAGACCUCGGCUUCAUUCGAGAAUCAGUUGUCUCAAGAAGCCAGCGAUGUUGAGAAGGCUCGUAGGGUUUGGGAAGUUAGCGAGAAGCUCGUGGGCUUGGCCUAAAACUUGAUUUGAGUCUACUCCUGUCUUUGAAGCUUAGUCACCAAGAGAAACAAACAAAAGAGGAAACAUCGAUGAUCGAAUAAGCCUUGACCAACUUUGAGUUUGUGUUGGCUAAUUCUAUUUUG